AUGUUAGCAGUCAAUCUUUUUCUGCCAGUUUUCUUGGGAAAUUACUCCAGUUUACAUCCGAUCUUUAACAUCACCUAUCACUUCAAGGAUUUGGCUAUAUUUUCAACAUUUGACACAAAAUGCCAGGAAACAACAGAAUAUAUUCUUUCCAAGAUAGAGCAACAGGAGCACACUGCAGCAAUGGUUUUCACCAAGAACUCAUCAGUCAUCUUCAGACAGACGUUAUCGUUACCAUUUUUACUUCUUGCAGUUCUCCCUGUUGAUAUUUUCAAAACUCUUAACAUCCUGGAAGGAUCCUUAGAAAGAUUUCAGGACAUCAAAAUUAUAUUCGUUUUUGUUGAAGUGUGGGGAAAUCCAAGUGAUAGACUGAAUGAUUUGUUUUCUUGGUGCUGGAAAACGGGGGCUUUCAGUGUGGCUGCAAUGUUUUUGGAGUCAUCAGGAAAAAUAUAUAGUGUCAACCCUUUCCCGAAUCCAGAGAUUGUUUCGGUCUCACCAUCAAUGAUUGGCGAUCUACUUUUUGUUGACAAGACAAAAGAUUAUAAAGGAGCAGUUUUGAGAAGAGCCCUAGUUAAUGAUUUUCCUCGCUCGUAUACCUACACCAACGAUGAAGGGAAAGUAGUAAUUGUUGGAUACAACCCAACAUUCGUCAGUGAGUUUAUUCAUCAUAUGAAUGCAACAAUGGUUGACAUUUUGAAUAAAGAUGGUAGUCUGAUGAAUAUAUUUGAAGCUGAGAAUUCCAUAUCUGAAGGAAGGGCUGACAUAGCAACGUUAAUACGCAAUAGUAUUUGCCGAGACAAUAUUAUGUUCAGCUUACCAAUUAUGCGUUCACUAUACUCAUUUCUUGUCCCUUUCAGCAAAAGCGUUCCACCUUCUGCUUAUAUUACAUUACCAUUCCACCUGGACGUUUGGGUGCUUGUGCUAAUUAUUAUUAUAUUCAUAUCAUCUGCUGAGUAUCUGCAUAAUCGGAUCCUUCAAAGUUCAAACGAUUUCGUGAGGGUAUUGUACAACACGAUGUUGGGAAUAGCUUCUCAAUCGAUUCCACAGGAUUCGUUCACUUCUUGGCGAUAUAGAUAUAUUCGAAUACAACUCAUCACAGUCGGAUUCAUUUUGACAAACUUAUACUUGGCACAUUUGUCUAGUUUUAUGACAACUCAGGUGUAUGAACCUCAACUAAAAUCCUAUAAGGACAUAAGGGAUCGAGGUCAGAAACUAUUAGCGGUGAAUUACCACUUUCAGUACUAUGAACAGCGGAACCUUACUCCAGAUUAUCAUCAUGAGAUUGUCAUAAUUAUAAACAGUGAAACCUACUUGGAUAUCAUCUUCACCAUGAAUGGAACUUAUGGGUUUGGAUUACCAGAGGAGGAAAAGGAGCUCAUUGAACUUUAUCAACACAAUUUAAAGCGACCAGUUUUCUAUGAUCCUUUAUUGUAUUUUCCUGUACCGAUCGCUGGAACACUAGUUCGAAAGAAUUCCACAUUUCUGAUACAUCUGAAUAAUUACAUACUGAAUUUAUGGGCUUCAGGCCUUUUAAAUUAUUGGAAAAAGGUAAACAGUUUGGAAACGAUCCGUUUGAAAUUCAAGACGAAGGUUGAAGUUACGGAAAGAACCGAGAAACUUAGCUUGAAACAUAUCGAGUUCAUUUCGAAAUUUCUUUGUUUUGGACUGACACUUGCUACUCUAUGCUUUCUAAUGGAAUUGCUGGUUGUAUAUAUGAAAAGGCAACUUAGAUGUAACUUAACUGAAUCGGAAUAA